AUGAAGGUCUAUGAGUUGCUGAAGAAACCCCUAGAAACGGGGCUUAUCGAGAUGGCUGACUCCGCUUGGGCUUCGCCUAUCGUGAUCGCCCUGAAGAAGAAUGGAGUUGACAUUCGCAUGUGUAUCGACUAUCGUCUGGUGAACCGUUUCAUUGAGGUGUCGAAUUAUCCGCUCCCGCUGAUUGAUGACCUCCUGCGGAUUUUGGGCCAUACGCAUGACCGAGAGAGCCAAGCGGAUAUCCGCGUUCGUGUGUCCGUCGGAUAUUUCCAAUGGAUUCGAAUGCCAUUUGGCCUCAAGAACGCGCCGUUGAUAUACCAAGAGAUGAUCAACAAUUGUCUCUGGGGAUUCGUCAGGCUACUGCCAGAGGAAGAGAAGAUGGUGGAUGCAGAUGUUCUGGAGUUCCUAGGUUUGGACCCAGCUGAAGAUGAAGGCCAGCGUGAGAAGUCCGCCCGAGAGGUGCCUAUCCUGACGGACAAGAUGACGGCCUUUAAGCUGAAUAUCCUGACGCCAUCACAGAUGGGACCUGUCCUCGGACGGAGUUCUUAUAUCGACGACAUCGCCCAUGGGGCGCCCACCUGGGACCAGUUGUGCGAGGAUUUGAAUGCUCUGCUAUAUCGACUACGCUAUUGGAAUAUUUCCUUCAGCCUUCCCAAGAGUGAAUUCGGCAAGCUCACCAUUCUUACCGUUCCCAACAACGCUCAAAGGGAGAGCCUAAACUACUACCACAAGUUCAUUGAGGAUUUCUCGGUAGUAGCGGCGGCACUUCAUGAAUUGACCGAUGAGCAGAUCAAGGCUGGAAGGGAUUUGUCCAGAGUCAAAGAGUCGUUCGUGAUCCUCAAGCGGAAAAUCGUGUCUACGCCUCGGUUGCGUCACCCCGACCGGAACAAGCCGUUCGUGAUCAUUCCGCACGCGAAUCGCUGGGCGGCAUUCGUCGUCCUAGGACAAACGUAUGAUGGGAAGAUCUUACCCGUACGUUUCACAGGCCGGGUGCCGAAUGAGAUUGAGAUUAAGUACCACGAGGCGGAGAAGGAAGUGAUCGCGAUCAUGCGAGUACUGGACAUAUUCGAGAGCGGUAUGGGGGGGGUGGUUUUGUCCCAUUGGGACUUGGAAGUUGACAAGGUCCAGAGUGACGAGAACGGGUUAGCCGCUAUUAUGGGAACAGGCAUUACCCCACGCGAGCACUUGAAUAAAGUAGCAGAAUCCCUGAUACCUCACAAGGGGCGAGUGAAACCCCAACCGGUUAUCAGCGUGGAGAUGCUGGAGGCAGACUUCGAUGGUUACGUGUUGAGUUUCGAUGGCACCGCCAAGACGUCUACGCGUCAGGGCAGCUGUGAAUGUAGCAUCUGGAAACUCCCCGGUUGGAAGGUAGUGACAGCUCAAGUUUCGUACUUGAAGAUGUCACUGUCAACGACGCAGAGUACCAUGGUCCGCUCAAAGGUGCUGACCAUGGUAGCCGAGCGGGACAUCCCAGAUGUGUGGUUGUCGGAGACUCUCGUAUCGUGA